AGGGUUCAGAGAUGGGCAGUGAGAAGGAGCAGAGUCAAGAACCACACCUGCCUGAGGAAAGGCAAGGGGGUAAGCCUUGGAGAGUGGAUGGCUCACAGGGUUCUCGGAUCCCAGCUGGGGAAAAGGAGGAUGGGCAAGAACACCCAUCGAAGGGGCCACAAGGAACAUGUCCAAAAAAGCCAUGGCAGAAAGUCAUUACUUCAGCAGGAGGGCCAGGGGACCCCAGGGCACAUCCAAAGCCUGAGGCAGACCAGAAGCCUUUUGCAUGUCCCCAGUGUGGCAAAACCGUCAAUAAUACCUCCACCCUGAAAACACACCAGCGAAUCCACACUGGUGAGAAGCCCUGUAAGUGUUCCGAAUGUGGCAAGAGCUUUUCAAGAAGCUCCAAUCGUAUUCGGCAUGAGCGGAUCCACCUGGAAGAGAAGCACUAUAAAUGUCCCAAGUGUCAGGAAAGCUUCCGGCGGCGCUCAGACCUCACUACACAUCAGCAAGAUCACCUGGGCAAGCGGCCAUACCACUGUGACAUCUGUGGAAAGAGCUUCAGUCAGAGUGUCACCUUGGCCGUCCAUCACCGAACCCACCUGGAGCCAGCACCCUACAUCUGCUGUGAGUGCGGGAAGAGCUUCAGCAACAGCUCCAACUUUGGAGCGCACCACCGCACGCACACGGGGGAGAGGCCAUACGAGUGUGCGGAGUGUGGGCGGACCUUCAGCGACAUCUCCAACUUUGGAGCGCACCAAAGGACCCACAGAGGGGAGAAACCCUAUCGUUGCACCCUGUGUGGGAAGCACUUCUCCCGAAGCUCAAAUCUCAUCCGCCACCAGAAAACACACACUGGUGAGCAGUCCGAAAAGAGUAGUUAAAGGAGAGCCCCAUUUACAGGGCGGGGGACAGAAUGAAAGAUUUUAGUAGAGAAAGAAGGUCUUUAGGAUCUGCUGCUGCCCUGCUUGACCUUGGCCCUUCAUUCCACUUUGGAGAAUGACUUCUUGUUGUUUCUGAAAUCAGGAUGUCCAGGAAGUCCUGAGAAAGGACUCUAAGUAAAAAACCUUGUCUUCUCCCAGGAAGUUAUUUGCCUUGGAAAAUCAGAGGAUCCAGUCAUGGCUUCAUCUCCUUGGGAGUGACAGAGAGGUGGGAUAAGCUCAGAAUGUGUUCUGAGCUUAUAUCACAAAGGCUGCAUCCUCUGGUCUUUAAGGAAACACCUGUAUGAUGGUGUCACUGUUUGCAGGCCUCCAGAUAGUCUGUGAACUGCUUAAGGCAUACUGCAGAGGCCUGCUAGAUCAUGCCUGCUGUGCCCCCACCCAAGUGUGCUUCUCCAUGUCUAGGCUGAGGAGUGGCCCUCCUAAUGGGAACGGCCCCCUUAGUCCAAGAAGAGACUUGAGGUCCCGCCUUAGGAAUGAAAGGAGAGCUCUCAGGGAUCCACGAUCCAGCGACCUCCCGC